AUGCAGGAUGAACCCUGCCCUUAUCCCUGCUACCCUCCGCCGACCGGAUCCGGCUCUGUCACCACCAACCCCAUCACCACCUCCACUCCACCGCCUCCGGCGACCCUUCCGCCGCCCUCUACAUCAAUAAUUUACCCUCCUCCUCAAGGGUACAACUACCCUACACCACCUUUUGGCAACAAUUAUGGAAACCCUCCUCCUGACCCUAUUUGGCCAUACUUUCCAUACUACAAUAGAAAGCCUCCUCAUAGCAUCGAGGGCGGAUCAUCGGCGGCGAAUGCGAGAAUUUUGAUGUGUCGCCAUUAA